UGCACCGCCAACAACAAGGACUGCUCACAGUUCGUAACUUGCCAAAGAGGAAGGGUGAUCUGUUUUUUUUGUUAUGUUUUUGUUUUGUUUUUUCAAAGUUGCAACCUUUGCAGCUAUUACAGAUUUGACUUUGUUGCAAAACAAUCAGUGGAUAACCAGUUUUUCUUUUGUUCAUCUGCCUGUGCAAGACAGGUAGAACAAAGUGUGGAGGGAAAGCAGCUACCAUCUGAAUGCCUGUGUGAGUCUGUGUGAGUAAAGCAGCCAGAGGAUGCAGGUGGCAGCGAGGCUUUGCUCUAACUUGUUUGAAGUUUUUUUCCCAUGUCAAAGGUGAAGGAUUAUGCCUGGCAUAGGAAUUUAGUCUUCAAAUGCAGGACUUUAUGAGCUGAAUCUCAACAACUCCUGGGCAGAAUGUGAACAUUUACUCAUGCUACACGCUUGUGAAUGAGGAUGUAUGUGUGAAUCAAUUUGAGUGAAGUGCCAUGCUAUUCCUUAGCAGUGGGACCGUGGAUGCGACCCCAAGGAGUACAGCUAUUGGCCAACAGCAGCAGGGGAAAACCGUUUACCACAUCUCUGUAAUCCUGAACGAAACACAGGGAGAUGCGCUGGUGUCAGGGCUGGGAAUGGGCCGGGUCACCCACACCCUGGUGGAGAAUUGCCAGCCAGGAGGAGAGAUAAUUAAAGUUGUGCCAAUGGAGAACAGCCCCAGGCUGGGCAGGGCACGGCAGGAGUUUGACAGGUGGCCCUCCCUGAGCCGCUCAGGUAGAGCUGGGAUACAAAGAGAGGAGGUAGUUGUGGAGGAGAAUGAGGAGGAGUUGGAGGAGGUGGAGGGAAAAAUGAAGACCGACAGGUUUUUGAAACAACCCUUCAAGAACUCCAAUACUUCCUCACAGAAAGACAGAGACGUGGCAAAGGCAGCCGCUCAGACAGACACUCAGGAGCAACACAUUCAGAGCGCAACAUUACGAUCUGUCACUGUCCACGCUAAAGGGCUCGUCUUUGGGGACCAUGGCCCAGUCACAGGACAUAGCUCUCUGCCUCGGGCUGUGUUGCGAAGGUCGCGUCAGGAUGAAGCCCCGCUGGGUAGAAGAACGUUGAGCAUGUAUGGCGACUCAGUCAAGCAGCAAAGAGAUUCUCAACCUGAGCAAGAAAGGCGGCUGCGGAGGCCCAGGAGUGUGUGCAUGCUGGCAGGCCCAGGUCCAGUCCAGUUGGAACCCCGGACCCAGCACCCCUUCAAAAGAGCAGGUGUUUCAGAGAACAACCAGCAGAACAGGAACAGGAAGGCUGAGUUGAGGGCUGUGGAUGGCCUCAAUGCUGUUGCAUCUCAGAGGCCUUCAUCCCCCACAGAGGUGACCCCCAGGCUCCGCCAGAGGAGCUGGAGGCCCAGGCCUGUCAGUAUGACAGUAUUGGAGCUCAGAAAGAGGGGCUCUGAUGAUGAGAUAGACAGCCAGAAGAGCUGCAGCCACAUAGGCAGCGAUGGAGGAGGCUUGCUCAAAGGGGGCUUCCGUUGGAGGCUGUUUGGCAAAUCAUCUCAAGAUAAGAGCAAGGAGAAGGAAGGUGACAAAGAUGCAAAAUCUUCUCCCAAAUCUGACGCUCCAAAAACUACACUUAGCUCCUUAAGACGGAGCCUCAGUCUGCGAAUCAGGAGGACUCGACCCCGGGACAAGGUUACUUUAGGGUCUGAAAGUGAGUUAAAGGACGACUCUCGGACUAAAAGUACAUCUGAGGACACAACAAUGCCUCCGCGGCCUUUCUCAUACCUCACUGGAAGAACUCUUCCAACUUCCAGUGAGCAGACUGGGGAUGGGGGGAUGCAGUACAUUCAGUACCACAGUAGAGGGAAGGUCAAGGUAAUGGAGGUACCCCUCUGUCCAACAAAACUGUCUUCCAAACCAGUUCAGGAAGAACCAAGCAUAUGGCAGCUCAUAGCCAACCGUUUCAGGAAGAAAGAGCAGCCAUGCAGUGGCAAAUGUGAAACCCAGCAGUCCCAGAGCAAAGACACAGACCAGUAUCCCCUGGCCGGGAAUAAUAAGUCACAGCCAGUCGCCAUAGAGACUCCGGCAGGCAUUGACUCCCACAAAGGUCAAGACUCUUUCGUCAACAGCCAGGAAUGGACAUUGAGUCGGUCAGUGCCAGAGCUGAAAGUGGGCAUUGUGGGGAAUCUGUCCAGUGGGAAGUCUGCUUUGGUCCACCGGUACUUGACAGGCACAUAUGUGCAGGAGGAGUCUCCUGAAGGUGGACGGUUUAAGAAAGAAAUAGUGGUGGAUGGACAGAGCUACCUACUUCUGAUCAGAGAUGAAGGAGGGCCUCCAGAAUUACAGUUCGCCGCCUGGGUGGAUGCGGUGGUGUUCGUCUUUAGCCUGGAGGAUGAGAUCAGCUUCCAGACAGUCUACAAUUACUUCUUGCGCCUAUCCAGCUACAGGAACACAGCUGAGGUCCCCAUGGUCCUCGUUGGAACACAAGAUGCAAUCAGUGCUGCCAACCCCAGAGUGAUCGACGACUCACGGGCCAGAAAGUUGUCAAACGACUUGAAGCGCUGCACGUAUUAUGAGACCUGCUCCACCUAUGGCCUCAAUGUGGAGAGAGUCUUCCAGGACGUUGCCCAGAAGGUUGUGGCCAUGAGGAAAAAGCAGCAGCUCUCUAUUGGUCCAUGCAAAUCUCUCCCCAAUUCUCCCAGCCACUCAUCAGUCCCCGCCGCAUCCAUCCCCUCUGUUCACAUUAACCAGGCGGCCAAUGGUGGGGGUGCAUUCAGCGACUACUCCUCCUCUGUUCCCUCCACCCCCAGCAUAAGUCAGCGGGAGAUGCGCAUUGAGACCAUCGCUGCCUCCAACACGCCCACGCCCAUCCGCAAGCAGUCAAAGCGCCGCUCCAACAUUUUCACAUCACGGAAAGCCAGUGAACAAGCAAAGAGCGUUGACAGUAAAACAGACAGCAUAGGCAGUGGGAGGGCCAUACCUAUCAAACAGGGAAUCCUUCUGAAGCGAAGUGGCAAAUCCCUCAACAAGGAGUGGAAAAAGAAAUAUGUCACACUGUGUGAUAACGGCGUCCUUACUUACCACCCCAGUUUACAUGACUACAUGCAGAAUGUGCAUGGGAAAGAGAUAGACUUGCUGAGGACGACAGUGAAGGUUCCUGGGAAGCGGCCACCCAGAGCGGUGGCCACCGUCGCCCCCACUGCUAGUCCCAAAACCAACGGGCUGACCAAGGACCGCAGCACCUUGCAGCUGGGCAUAGGAAACACAGGUGCUCCUCACUCCAACAGUAGCUCAUCCCUGCAGACGGGCGCGUCGUUGUUCAGCGGCAGCAAAGACAGCAUGCACCAGCGCUCCUUCUCCGUGUCCAGCGCCGACCAGUGGAAUGAAGCCAUCAACACCAGUACAAGCAGCGGAGCCCCCAAUGGAAUGAGUGAUCCUGCCAGUUCCAGUGUGGGCAGCGCCACGAGUCCUAAACUCGAGCCACCUCCUUCGCCACACGCCAACCGGAAGAAACACAGACGGAAAAAGAGCACGGGCAUCACCAAGCCAGACGGCUUAUCAGCAGGCAAUGAAGAGCAAGAGGAUUCCUUUGAGUUCAUCAUUGUGUCGUUGACGGGUCAAACAUGGAACUUCGAAGCGUCCACAUAUGAGGAGAGGGAACUGUGGGUCCAAGCAAUUGAGAGCCAGAUCUUUGCCAGCCUGCAGUCCUGUGAGAGCAUAAAGAACAAGUCUCGGUUAGGCAGCCAAAGUGAUGCAAUGGCCAUUCAGUCCAUAAGAAAUGUGAGGGGGAACAGCUUCUGUGUGGACUGUGAUGCACCCAACCCAGACUGGGCCAGUCUGAACCUCGGCGCCUUGAUGUGCAUCGAGUGCUCCGGGAUCCACAGAAACUUGGGCACCCACUUGUCUCGCGUCCGCUCCCUCGACCUGGACGACUGGCCGGUGGAGCUCAGCAUGGUGAUGACAGCCAUCGGUAACACGAUGGCCAACAGUGUGUGGGAGGGCGCUUUGGAGGGCUACACCAAGCCAGGGAACGACAGCAGCAGGGAGGAGAAGGAGCGCUGGAUCCGAGCCAAGUACGAGCAGAAGAUGUUCCUGGUGGGACUGCCCCAGUCGGACGUGCCCCUGGGGCAGCAGCUGCUUCGGGCGGUGGUGGAGGAUGACCUGAGAUUGGUGGUGCUGCUGCUGGCCCACGGCACCAAGGAGGAGGUUAACGAGACCUACGGGGACGGAGACGGACGCACCGCUCUGCACCUCUCCUGCGCAAUGGCCAACGUGGUCAUCACACAGCUGCUCAUCUGGUACGGUGUGGACGUGAAGAGUCGGGACGCUCGUGGUCAGACCCCGCUGUCCUACGCCCGGCGGGCCGGCAGCCAGGAGUGCGCUGAUAUCUUAGUUCAGCACGGUUGCCCCAACGACACAAGCAGCCUGACGUCCGUGCCCACGCCCAACAUGAGCCGCCGCAACCCCAAUCCCAACAUCAACAACAACAACGCCCAGUGUGAGCUGAACCGCAGCAUCAGCAUCAUGUAGAAGCCGGAGAGCAGCCGCAGACAAACACACCAACAACCCCAUACCCGCUCCUGUCUCUUCCCAGUACUUCCACCUCUGUUUCACACUGUGUAACCCAGAAUCAGUACCAAUGGAGAGAUAUCUGGAGCCAUGGACUCAUUGUUUAUACUUCACUAUGCCGAAAGAUGUGGGCGUUUGGGGUUCGGACAUUGUACAUUGUUUGUUUUAUAUUAUUAUUUUUUAUUUGUUGAAUUCAUUCAGUCUUGGUCUGAAAUGAUCACGAUCAGCUUUAAGCUUUUUGUUUUUUAAGCACCAACCAAACAAAUGACUUACUUUGGCAUUCAUACCUUCCCUACGAAAAGCAUUUCCUUAAUGCUUGAACAUUUCCUUUUAUGUCUUCCCCUUCUGCGACGUGAACUGAUUUUAUAAUGAGCUUGAAAUGAGAAACUUCCUUCAAAUUUCCAAGCCUAAGCAUAAUAUCAUAAAACUGUGAGGAAUAGUUUUACAAGUGACAAGAAAACACUGAUGUGGGAAAAGAAACUAAAUCUUCCAUGAUCUCGAUGGCUGUUACAGCUUUUAGUAAUGAUGCAUGUCUUCAACACAGCUAUCAAACUCUUGACAUACUAUUCAUAUACAAAGGCAAAGCAAUUAUAGUUGAAGAGUCCAAAUGAUUUAGAUACUUAAUUCACAGGAAAAUGGGUUCGGAUCAUCAUAAAGGAGUUGAUUGCAGAAUUCCUAUUGGGUGAAAGUGAGUCAUUUCCUCCGCCACCCUUAUCGUGAUCCUCCAGUAAAAGUGUCCGCGACUACAAAGGAAUUAAGGGGCAUGAUGUUUUAUGACCAUCGAGCCGCAUGGCUUUGUAAGCGUGCCUCUUCAAUCAGAAUUCAUUCAAAUUCAAAGGUUUGAUUGAAACAGUGAAAUCGUACCAUUAAUGGCGUCUUUGUUGGAGUAAUUCUCCGACUGACUAGAUCAUGUUGAUAAUUGUUUGACAUAGAUACCGGAGCAUCCAUUCGCCUCCUGUGGCCAAAGGCUGUAGUAAUUGGUACUCUCGAGAGCAUUUCCUCCAUUUGUUGCUGUGAAAUACAUAUGUGGUACUGUGUGUGUGCGUCCGUACAUUAACUGUACAACACGUGUGCUUAUGUCUUCGUCCGUGACCAUGUGCAGCAAAGAGCGACUGGGCAUUUCUGUUCAUAAACAUGGGAGAGAGGACACUGGAGACAGUGAAGAUUUGGGAACAUAACUGUGUUCUGAUGUACAGAUCGCUGUAAAAAGUAGUUCUUGUUCCUUCACCUUAUUCCUUAUAAGAACAGUUUGAACUUUGACUUUUAGAGUUAAAUUAAAAAAAAAUCCUUUUCCUUAAGUGUCAGCCUAAAAGCAGGGAGUUAACACAUAAUGCGUUGAAGUGACUGAAGCGAGACAUCUAGGUAUAAAGUGAGCAAGGAGAUUCGUAGAGGGACGUAUAAUUAGUUUGGCUCUCUUUGCAUUAAUACAAAUGUACAGUAUUCCACUGACAUGAUAAGCCAAUUCAUUUAUAGUAAAGGUAAGAGAUGAAUUCAGGUGGAGUUGGCACAAUGUCUACCGUGUACUUUCCCUUUUAUUCAACUGCCAUUUUUAAGGUUUUAAACCGUCUUGAUUUUAUGGGUUUACAGAGGCAGGAUGUGUAUGUUUACAGAGCAAGUUAUUAACUUUUUGUACGAUCUUAUCUUCAGGAUUCUGUUGUUGCUUUACAGUAGUCCUGUUUGCAGAGCCCAUGGUGAGUGAAUAUGUGGUCCAAAGAGGAUGUUUGUAAAUGACCAUAGUGAUAUGAGGAGUAGUUUGACAUUUUUGGAAAUAUGCUUAUUCGCUGUCUUGAUCAGAGAAUUAAUGCCGCUCUCAUGUCUGUGUGCUCUGUACGGAGCUGGAGACAGAGGGUGAUUAGCCUAGCUUAGCAAACACCGGAUUUGCACAUUGGAUUUUUCAUGCGUGUUCCACACACAACCCUUGCACCUUUAUUUUUCUAUUCAUUGUCAAAAUUUGCAAUAUGGGGCAAAGACGCAUUUGCUCCCUUGCUUCUCUCCGCUGGAGUUACCUCUUCGCCAGUCUCUGCCUGCUUCUUGCAUUUGGCACCGCCGCUACCUGAGUUAUAAAGUGUUGCAGUGUGGCUAUUAAGUUGCACUCUGCUGUAAGCGUCAUCAUCGCCGUUGUGCAUUUCUGAACAGGCCACGUUAUUUUCUCUUUGUCAUGGAAGAUUUCAAGAAGAAAAUUGCUUCCAAAUAUUUCGCCGUCUUUUUCUUGCUGGCCCCAUGGCCGCCUCUGACCUGUUAGGCACUCUCGUUAUGGAUACGUAGUGUCCGCAGGUUACGCCACAUUUCUUCGCUGCUUCUUACUCUUGCAACUUUCUAAAGGCCUUUGACAGAUGCAAAAAAAUAAUGCAGAAAAUCGAAACCUGUCCUGAAAACUUGAAUGAUGGACAAAAGUCUUGGAGUCGGUGUGUAAGGGCUCAUUUAUGCUCAGCGUUAGAUACGAAGACGGAGAUGGACGGAGCCUUUCGUCCAUAUUUGUGCAUGUUUUCUGAAAGCUUGAAGACGUGCACGAAACGGAGCAGUACCACCACAGAUUGUGGACGCAAUGUAGUGUAGUUCAAGAGAGGUACGACCAUAGGAGACGACCAAGAAAUUUAAAUAAUAGUGAAGCGGAACAAAUUGGUAAUAUAAUAUUUAGUGAAAAGAAUGCUCUGUCCACGUGUCAGGAUAUAUAAUGGCCGCACAGACCACCUCCAUCUACAGCCCUACCUCCAUACAAAGGUACAAUAUUACAACCUCCUCCACCAUCGCCUUAUUUGUUGUCGUGCAAAACUUUUGACUCCGCCCUCUUGUGCCAUUUAUUGGCUGCAUCAAUGCUUUCAUAAUGGAUGCAUGGAAGGGCAUGGAGGACAGUGACGUUUGCAACCGACAUGUCCAUUGUCAUACGUAUAGGGAGCCUUAAAUGUGAUUGACACAACAUGAAGUCAUAUCUCUUUUUAAACAUGCAACAAUUUUGUAUGAAAAAUACGGACUUGGUGUCCAAAGGCUUAGCAUGACGUUACACCACAUAGGCAGACUUUCAAACACCGGAGGGAGCCGAGCUAACUGUGUCCCCCUGCUUCCAGUCUUUAUGCUAGCUAGCUAAGCAAAGCUAAGCGUCUCUUGGCUCUAGCUCCAGACUCCAGCGAAUAAGCACAUUGCCCAAAAUGUCAAACUAGUUCUGUAAGACAUCCCAAAACCGACCACAAAUUCAAGCAGCUACCUUCAAAUUUACUCGUACUGUACAGUGGUACUGGCCUUAUUUCUGAUUUUUACUUGACCAACUUGUUUCCGUGAGUACAUUUCAGUGUCCAAGGGGAUUACUGUGGGGAGUUUAAUGUUUAUAGUGAUUACCCUGAUGAACCCUUAUUUACAUACUGUAGAUGAUAAAAAAAAAACACUAGAAACCUGCCUGUUUCCCCAGACACAACAUAUGAACAAGUGUACAUAUUAGCUUAAUGCUUUUAUCUGAAGACAAGCUCCUCCUAGAGAAACAAACUAAACUGGUUUUAGGUCAACGGUCCCCUUUGGCCCAUGAACCAUAUUUUGAUAUGUUGUUUUUUGUUCCACCUUAGGCAUAUUUUUAAGGUACUUCUGUUUGGUCUCGACAUUAACCGACCAUCUUUGGUACUUGUGUAUAAUGAUGUACAUUUGACAUAUUUAUAAUGCAGUUUGUAAAUAUCUUUUUUUGUUUUGUUUUGUUUUUUGUUCAAGUUAAUUUUCCUAUUGUAAUUCCUCUUACGUUCAGAACGUGAAACAAAGCAAAAGCUAAAGAGUAACUUGUUGUAUGCUUGGAUGCUUGGCUGACUGUUGACCUAUUAAUAAACACUCAAAUAAAACGAAGUAGCCUUCCCUGCAUUUAGGGAAAUUGA